AGGAAAUACUAGAUACACAUGUAGUCACCCAGUUCUGCAGUUGCUACUAUACUAGCUCUAGCUAGCUCCAAGUGCAAACUACAGAAAUGUCCAUGAACUUACUGCUAUGCAUCUUUAUGCUUUUGCAUGCAAGAGUCAGCUCUCAGAGCUAUGGUGACUUGAGACUCAAGCAAAGGAAUAUUACAGACUCUACAUUCUAUGAAGGAAGAGUGGAGAUAUACCUCAAUGGAGAAUGGGGAACAGUAUGUGAGGAUAAUUUCAGUCCAAUCGAUGCAAAUGUCGUAUGCCGUCAACUUGGAUACGAUGGAGUCAUUGCAUCUCCUACCUCUGCUUUUCACUCAGCUUACGGAAAGGGAGAAGACAACCAACCAAUUUGGCUGGAUAAUGUCGGAUGCAGUGAUCUGAAUGGACUACAUAUUCUGUCAUGCCCAAACUCUGGUAUCGGUGUACAUAAUUGUGAUCAUUUCUCAGACGUUGCAGUCAAUUGUAGCCCAAAUCCUCUCGAAUUUCCUAUUCGUUUGUACGGUCAUACUUACCCCUCACAGGGAAGGUUGGAAUUCAACUGUAAUGAUGUAUGGAUACCGGUGUGUGCUGCAGAUAUUGAUGCUGAUGAAACAGAUACAAUAUGUAAAGAUCUUGGAUACACUAUGGCAAAUAACUUUGAACGGAAUAAUGCAACUAAUUUUAGUUCGAUUCUUUUGAACGAUCUACUUGACUGCGUUGAAGGAGCAAAGAAUUGUUCAUGCCCCAACCAUGCUCCCUGUAAUGAAGAGGCGGUUAUUGAAUGCAGUCAUACUACUACGCCAUUUGGGACGGUUCGGCUGGUAGAUAAAUUUGAAGGAAUUCUUGAAAUGUUCAUUAAUGGAGCGUGGAGGACUCUGUGUGCAGACUCAUUCACUCAAUCUGAUGCAAAUGCUGUGUGUAAUAAGCUAGGCCAUCUGAGAGCUGAGGAACUCUCUAAAAGCAUACUUCAAGACAGCCAAUUGGUUUGGAACAAACGCUCGGAUUGUAACCUAAGCGCUAACGAAGCAUUUAAUUGUCUUGCUGCCCCAUCUUUACUAACAUGCUCACAAGAUGCCUCUGUAAUAAUAAAGUGCACUAACAAUUCUCUACCAGAGGAGCCAACAGAUGAAAUCGGACGAAGUACUGGACUUCCAUUUUCCCUCGAAACUCUCAUUGCAAUAUGUCUUGGUGGUGGAGCUUUAUUGUGCUUUUGCUGUCUAUUUAUGAUAGUCUGCUGCACUCACCUCUUCUGUGACUACCAUGUGACAAAUAAACGGGCAAGACCACUACUAGACGGGCAUGCCGGGACAUUUUCAUUUACCGAUAAGGAAACUAAGCUUGACAAUGAAUAUGAACUAGAGAAACGAAGCCAACACACUCCAACAUUUAUACGUCCCAUACCCCAUCUUAUACCAUGCUCUACUCCACAAAUCCCCACUUCCAAUUCCUCGACACUUGAUCGCAGACCUGCCAACAGUCCGUAUCCGUUUCCACAAGAAGUUGAGAGAAUUAAACUUCGUCGCAGUCAAGAGAAUCUCCUAAAAGAAAACAUUCCCUCCCUCUCCCUGCACAACCCUACAGAGCACAGUGACCUUGAGCAGUUGGCUAGACAACUAGAGCCUCCAGAGGAGCUGACAUUGAGACAUGGACAGGAGAGUUGGGAGUCGCUUUGUUUGGAACCAAUUUCAGAGGAAGAAGUUUCUCUGGAGUUAUCCGAGGAACACCAAGCGUUGGAAAUGGACUUUGAAGAUAUUUAGAACUAUAUUUAAUGUGCAUUUCUAUGAGCAUUGUACAUACUGUGAUUCAUGUAAGCACAAUAAAUUCAUUAAGAAUUUAAUAAUCUUUUAAAACAA